CUCACUCACUCACUCGUCGCACCAGCGCCUUCAUUCACACACAAAGCGAGGAGCAGCCCCCAGCGUGUCCGCCUGCCAUGAAACAGACUCUGGCUGAAGUGAUGAGGAUGAGCAGGAUAUGCCGGAUGAUAUUUGCCACAUGUUUGGGAUCCUUUAUUCUGGUCAUCUUUUAUUUCCAAAGUAUGUUCCAACCAGUCAUGCGGAGGAACCCCUUCAUGGUGGACAGCUGCUGUAGGAAAGGGUCCCGCAGUGCCCUGCAGGAGCUCUACAACCCCUCACAGAUGGAGUUGUCAGGAGGGGCAGUACUUCACCAGGCCAGGAGGGAUCAGGUAGUGGAUUCUUGUCGCAUGUACAGCGCAUCCAGCCGCAAGCGGCGAGUCCUGACGCCCGGAGACCUCAAACAUCUUGUGGUGGACGAGGACCAUGAGCUCAUCUACUGUUAUGUGCCCAAGGUGGCAUGUACCAACUGGAAACGGGUCAUGAUGGUGCUCACUGGUCGAGGCAAAUACAGUGACCCCAUGGACAUCCCCUCAAAUGAAGCCCAUGUUCCAUCCAACCUGAAGACACUGAACCAGUACAGUAUUGCAGAGAUCAACCACCGCCUCAAGCACUACCUCAAGUUCCUCUUUGUCCGUGAGCCCUUUGAGAGGCUGGUCUCUGCAUAUCGUAACAAGUUCACCCUCAAGUACAACUCGUCCUUCCACAAGCGCUUUGGCACCCGUAUAGUCCGACGCUACCGAAAGAAUGCCACACACGAUGCCCUGGUCAAUGGUGAUGAUGUUAAAUUUAAAGAAUUCGCGGAGUACUUGGUGGACCCAGCCACUCUGCGAGAUGGCCCUCUCAACGAACACUGGCAGACUGUUUACCAGCUUUGCCACCCAUGUCACAUCCACUAUGACCUGGUGGGCAAGUACGAGACGCUGGAGGAGGAUGCAAACUAUGUUUUACGCUUGGUGGGUGUUGGCGACUCCCUGCACUUCCCAAGCUAUGCCAAGUCCACUCGUACCACAGAUGCCAUGACUGCCCAGUUCUUCAGCAAUAUCAGCUCUCAACAGCAGAUCCAACUCUACCAGCUUUACAAGUUGGACUUCCUCAUGUUCAACUACUCCACACCCAGCUACCUACGGCUGGACUAACAGAGGACAGAGCUGGUACUCUGAGAUGGGUUGUCUUGUUCAAAGACAGGCAACAAAAUGAGUGAUGGCCAGAAUUUAUUUGGGGAGCAAACCUGAUUUCAAAUUUUUUAUCGUACCUUGCAGAUGUGGUGUCUGAAAUGAACAAUAUAACAAAUGCUGAAAGAAGGAAAAUAACAGUGUUAGUCUGGGCAUAAGUGGAAGGAUUCCCAGUCAACUCUGGGUAACAAAGAGAGCACUGAUCGGGGGAGAAUGUGGACUAAAUGGACUGAACGCAUGCAGAGACUUAAGUGAGUGGGUGAAGCAGGUCUUCAAGAGGUUUUAAAAAGGGAACUCAUCCUCAUAGGACAAACUUGAAGAUGGGCUCUCCAGAUGAAGUUCCUGACAUGUUUAAAUAAACUGCUGACAAAUUAGGCUGCUUUAGAUUCUGCAAAGUAAACAGCGGCCUCGCACGCGCCCUGACCCCAAUGCAUCGUGGGAGCAAAGCUUGUCUCCCCCUUUCCUGAUCAAUAGAGUCACUCCGUCAAAUUGUAAAAGACAGUUCAUGUCCCUUGCUGCUUGGCCAGCCCCCGUCUUCCUUGCCCUCAUUAGAUUCAUACAUGUCAGAGAGAAACUGGCUCAGCACCACCUCAAGGAUGCCUCAGAAUGGAUGGCUAUUAACUUAUUUCUCAAGACCUCCACAACUUACUGUAUGUUAUGAUGGCAUGGUUUUCAGCCAUCAGUUCCAACCGAACGACUUCUGUCACAGGUCUCUGUCAUUGUGAUGACGGCAGGAACCUCUAGUGUUGCACACAGAGGACGCCUGCUGCAACUGUAAAGUAUGGAAGUGUUUAUGAUUUAUUGCGUGUAAAGAUCCUUGACACUUUGAUCUACUGGAUGUGGUUUGAAAGGUACAGCAAGUACUGAGUCCACUGAGUCCACUGCUGAGUUGUAAGAAGUCAGUAUGGUUAUAAAAGUGUUAAAUGUGUUGGAUCUAAAACUACGCUUACCCUGCCCAGCUGCUCCCGGGUCACCAUAUCCAGGACCACAACCCUAAAUCCCCUGUUCUGAUGACUGAACGUGUGUUUCUUUAAAUUAAGAUGAUCCUUUUUGUCUACAUGCUUAGUUUUGUUUGUACUGAAGCAUUGCUGCGAGCAGCAAUUACAAACGGUUAUUUAAUUUUCUCUGUUCAUUAAAUUGAAAAAAACAA